AUGCCAGAAUCGUCCCAGCACGUCCAGCAUGAACCGAGAGCCUCGUCAUCGACCACCCUUGAUGACUGGACAAAGGACCGUUCCAUGUCCAUUCCCCAAACAGGCAGUGUCGCUUCUGCCGGCUCUCCAACUUCUCCCUCCUCAGGAAUAGAUUUGGGCGAUUUCACGACUCUAGGAGAUAUGGCGGGUCCGAGCUCCGCUUCCGCUCUCUUGUCUGCAUCCCCCCAGGCUUUUUAUGCCCAAUAUCAACCUAAUUACUUCAUGCCCUUCCAGACCAUGGCGUACGGUGCGCCUUGGUCGACCUCGAAUCCUGUUCCAGUGUCAAAUUAUUCGACACUCAACGGGGCGACCACAAGCUCAGCAACAGCAUCGUCUUCACAACAGCAAAACCUGCAACAAACUCAACCUCAGCAACAGCAGAGUCACCAGCAACAGCAACACUCUCCACCUUCACAACAAAUGAUUAUUGAGCACGUUUUUGUCUUUCCUAAGCGUCUUUUCCCAGCUUUGACGACUUUGACCUCCAUGAAUGGUUCUGGAUCCAACGGCAUGCAGCAGCAGUUCUCUCAAGCAUCAACUUAUAAUCAACAAGCAUCACAACAAGCACAAAGAACGCAAUACCCUUCUUUCCCCCAGCAUAUCAAUCCAUACACAUCUCAUUAUUAUCGUCAACAACAAUCAUCAGCAUCACAAGGCACAUUGUCUCCCCACGCCCUCCACUCAUCUACGAAUGCCCUACCUCCAAGUUCCUUUUAUACACCACCUGUAGCUGCCCCCACGCCACCUUCUGCUCCGCAAGGUCCGACUCCUGAAGAACGGAAACAACAGUUUCAAAACUCAAUUCGGCCCCUCCUGCAGUCAUCCGCAUUUACUGGGGCUCAGGCUGUGAAUACACUGGUAGAGCGAAUAGCUGAUUUUGGAUCCCAAGAGUUAGACGCAGCAAUCCGAUUGGAAAUACUGACCAAAAUUAGAGAUGGCGCUGGCAAUCACUACUUUCGUGCUUGGUGUGAAAACAGCCUGGCGAUCGACGUAACGCGGGAAUGGCUGAAAGCCGCUGCGAAAAGUGACGAGGAUGCGAUGAUAGAGACUAUUAUGCCCUUGCUACAUAUCAUCGAUCGAUUGCCCCUUACGAUAAACUCUCUGAAGGCAUCUAAGCUCGGCAAGAUUGUCGUGAGACUGGUCAAAGAUGCCCCGUCUCCAGCGAUCAAGGAUAUGGCUUCCAACCUCGAGCGAAGAUGGCGUCAGAUGGUUUCGAGUGUCGAAGAGGGAUCCAAGCCUCCCGAUAGUAAUACAAUAGAGGACUCCAAAUUGAAGAAGCGCAAGCUGAACGAUCCUCUUUCAAAGCCUCCUCCUCUCAAAAAAUCUGCGGUUGGUACAGCGUCCUCAACCAAGCCUGUGGUAGUGAAAAAGGAGGCGAAACCAUCAGUCGUCCCUACAGUCAAGGACGCCAAAGCCGACUCGUCUUUUUUCUCAGCGCCGAAGCCAAAGGCAAAGCUUCCUUCCUUCAAAAAAGCACCAGCACAAGUGCCGGCGAAAAGGGAAGAUGUGAACGUAGCGCAACCUUCCGCCAUCGACCCAUUUCAGGAUAUUCUGAAAUCGAUGACGAAGCGGAAGGAGUCUCCCGCAGUGUCGACACCACCUGGAUCUGCGGGUACGCCACCCCAAACUGGUGUUACCAAGAAUGGUAAGAAGAGGAAGUCGGUGACCUGGGCUCCUGAUUCUCAACUUGAAUCUGGUGUACAUGUGUCGCACAGUCUCCGCGAUCUGGACCGAGGAGAAGGUGCUGCUUUGCAUGCACAUCUCUUUGAAGAAACGGUUGAUUGGACGGAACUUAUAACCGUCGAAAUCCCAAUUGACAUUGAUCUUCGGCCACGAGGAGAGUCAAGCGAGGAAAAGGUCACGCAGGAACAGAGAGAGCAGACGGCACUCGGUGCUCUCUAUAUGUCGCCUGCGCACAUCCCUGAUUCACCAGCUGAGCCUACAAAUACAAUAACAGAAGAAGAGGUCGACAAGGACGUCAAGACAAUGACUGUGGGCCCAGAAGUUGAUGCCGUCUUCUGGAGUGGUGAGCCCGCGUCUGUUGUGGCGUCUGUAGCUGAUCUCGUUGGGCAACUUGCGGGAGGCCACAUGGACCCUGCACUGAGUGGUGCAUCCUUCAACGCACCUGGCGUGGACUUGACCGCAGUUGGACUUGAUCCUAGUGCUACUAUAGCUGCAGUACAGUCUCUACCGCAAGAACAAUUGCAACACCUUCUCCAACAGUUGGCCAAUCCGGCUCUUCUCCAAGCUCAAUAUGGACAACAGGCCGCAUACGGCAAUAGCGAUCAGAUGUGGCCUUCAUCAACUCCCAAUCACUUCUCGGCCGAAUUUGGACAAGGCUAUGAUGAUACCGAUCAAAGCCGAUGGUCUUCGGAAGGCAGAGGGCGAGGUCGAGGUCGUGGCCGUGGUCGGGGACGAAUUGAUGAUGGUGGAUAUAGACACAGUAAAAGAAAACCAUGCAGUUUCUUUGCAGCAGGAAGAUGCAAAUACGGAGAUCAAUGUGACUUUGCGCAUGACAUUUUCUGACGGAUGCGCAAGCAAGCAAGACUCUCGGGAGGGGGGCUUAGAGAAGAUAUAGUAAUGCCUUACGAUAUGUGUAUACCUUAUUUCAUCUUAUUCUCUCAUAUUUCUUUGCAAAGAUAUGUUCAGUAAGCCAUCAA